UUCAUGCGCACAGUCUUAUCGGUUCAAAUUCUGUCUUCUUCAAAUUUGAAGAAGACCGAGACAAAAACACAAGCAAAUUAAUUGGUGUCUUUUCGUCUGAGUUUGUCUGAGAAAAAGGCACGCAUGGCGGACACUGAUGAGAAUAUAGUCUCUGAAAUCCUGCUCCAACUUCGAGUUUUAUUCCCUGAAUCAGAGUCUCGCCGGUAUUGUGUCGGAGUCAAAUGGGGCAAUCAGAAAAGGAGAUCAAGCCGACUUCCGAAGCCUGUGGAAACCAAGGCGUCGGGAUCCCAGAAGAACCCGAAAAGGAAGAGGGAGUCAGGGGAUGAAAAGGAUGAUUCCGACAAGACAAAAGCUAUCAACUUGUGUUUGGAACAGAGGAAACAUUAUAAUCAUGUAGCUCGAUUCGGAAUUCAGAUGAUUGAUAGGAAAUCUGUAACUGCUAACAAUGGAGCUAAUCUAACUACUGCACAGGGUGGUUUGAAUAACAUGGAGAAGAGCAAAGGCAAAGUUGUUAGUACUGAAAAGCAUUGGCUGAUGUCAGCAAUGCCCAGGUCAACUCUUCAAGGAAUGUAGUGCGUGAUGACCCCAAGCUAAUGAAAGGUAAAAGUGAGGGAACAACAUGUUUGCGAAGGGUUUCACUGGGUCCAAGCAGAAGCAUUGUGAAUGUCUCGUCGAGGAAAUCAUUUAUGGAAAAAGUGCAAGAAAAAGUAUGUCAAGGUGUUGGUGACAUACAUACUUCCAAGAGAGAUGGUAACAGGAACAAGACCAUGGGUCAAAGCCAUGUUGUUACAAAUGGCAGGAUUACUGCAAGGAAUUCUCUUUUAUCAAACAGGAAGUCUUUGCCGGUGCUAAAAAGGGUGAACCAGACAAAUACAAAUACCUCUUCAAAUGGUAACAAGAACAAGACCAUGGGUCAAAGCCAUGUUGUUACAAAUGGCAGGAUUACUACAAGGAAUUCUCUUUUAUCAAACAGGAAGUCUUUGCCCGUGCUAAAAAGGGUGAACCAGACAAAUACAAGUAUCCCAAAGGAAAAUGCUGGAAGUUCUGACAAGGGAAAAGAAAAGAGUGGAUUUUUAGGUAGCUCUGUUGGUAAAGCUGGCAAGAAAGUAGCAUCUCGGGUAAACAGUGGUAGGAGCCAUCUUUGGAAGAAUCGAGCGAGUGAUGGCUUCAUAAUAAUGGGCAAAACUAACGUAGAAGCUCGUGCAUUGCCAAGAAAAUCUAUCAGGCCAAUUCUGAAGACUACGCUUCAGACUACCCAGGCUCAAAGGACUUCAAAAUCCAAGAACACGUCAGAUCUUAACAAACAGAGAUCUGUUGCUGCAAUCUCAUCCAAGAACAAGGAGGUUGCUGUGUCAUCUUCUAUUCCUGAGAAUAUUGCAAUAGUGAUUCCACAUGAAGCCGCUCAAGGACAGCUUUCAUCUGAUUCUGAUGGCAAUCCAAGGACUAUCUCAGAUAUCAUUUCCAGGAGAAAAUCAGAUCGUAGGAAAUCUUAUACAUCUUCCUUGAUGGCAAGAUCAAAGUUACUGGAGAAAUGUGGUGAAGUUAUGCAGCUGGAAAAACUACCAAGUAUUGAUGACUUUCGCAAUCAACUGGAAGUUGCUGAAUAUGUUGAUGAGAUCUAUCAGUACUAUUGGGUGACAGAGGCACAGAAUGUGUCUUUAGCAAAUUACAUGUCGAUUCAGACAAACAUUACAGCCCAUAUGCGAGGCAUAUUGAUCAACUGGUUAAUUGAGGUGCACUUCAAAUUUGAUUUAAUGCAAGAAACUCUAUAUCUCAUGGUGGCAUUGUUAGACAGAUAUCUCUCACAAGCUACGAUAAAGAAAAAUGAACUGCAGUUGGUUGGUCUUACUGCACUCUUGCUGGCAUCAAAAUACGAGGACUUUUGGCAUCCUAGGGUCAAGGAUUUAAUUAGUAUCUCAGCUGAGUCGUACACAAGAGACCAAAUGCUUGCAAUGGAGAGACUUGUUCUUAAGCAAUUGAAGUUUCGUCUUAAUGUGGCUACUCCUUAUGUGUUUAUGUUACGGUUUCUCAAGGCUUCUCAGUCAGACACAAAGCUUGAACACCUGGCAUUCUACCUCAUUGAACUCUGCGUAGUUGAAUAUGAGGCUUUGAAGUAUAAGCCCUCAUUGCUGUGUGCAUCAGCUAUCUAUGUUGCAAGGUGUACCCUCCACAUGACUCCAGCUUGGACCCCCCUGCUUUGCAAACACUCCCGCUAUGAAGAAUCCCAGCUCAGGGAUUGUGGGGAGAUGAUCAUAAGAUUCCAUAAAGCUGCUGGAACAGAACACUUGAGAGUCACGUACGAAAAGUACACAAGGCCUUAUCUCAGUUGUGUUGCAGCCAUAACAGCUUUAGAUAGGCUUCCUCUUUGAUUUGACAUGUGUGGAACAGAAAGCCUCUCUCUCUCUCUCUCUCUCUCUCUGUGUGUAAUUAGAUCAUCAAACCUAAUGCUCUACUAGAAAGUGUGCAGGGGAGGAUCUUUUGUGCGAUACUCUGUUUUCUUCAUGUCCAAGUCUUGCAGGAAAAAUAUAUAGUCAAUUGUAAAAUAAUAGGGAUUUAUUUUACACCUCCGCUGGUUGUUAAUCUUGGACAUAUGCUCCAAAUUAUUUCUUGGAAACGCCUUGAUUUGCCAGCUGCUGCUCAUGUAUUGUGAUUCUUAUUUCUGUUUUGCGUUCUGAUGUAAAUUUGGUGUUGGUGUCCAUUUCACA